AUGUUUCGAAUCAAUUCGAUGCACAACUUCUUGCUGGGACUCCCUGGAACAGGAAAGACGCACUUUGUGAAGAAGCUGAUGCUGCUUCUGGAUGUUCGCCUGAAGAGGAUGAAGAUUGCGAAUGAAAACAACGAGAAAAUCUCAAGCAUUAAGGAAUGGGACUAUUCCAAAAUGAGUGACAAUCUCAAGAAGACGAUCGAUGGAAUGGAGUCACGAGUCCACUUGUAUUGUGUCACACUGGCUGAUAUCCAGGAUAAGAUGUCAGNUAUCAAUACGUUGAAGCCACAUCAGCUGAACCAGAUGUUUCGAAUCAAUUCGAUGCACAACUUCUUGCUGGGACUCCCUGGAACAGGAAAGACGCACUUUGUGAAGAAGCUGAUGCUGCUUCUGGAUGUUCGCCUGAAGAGGAUGAAGAUUGCGAAUGAAAACAACGAGAAAAUCUCAAGCAUUAAGGAAUGGGACUAUUCCAAAAUGAGUGACAAUCUCAAGAAGACGAUCGAUGGAAUGGAGUCACGAGUCCACUUGUAUUGUGUCACACUGGCUGAUAUCCAGGAUAAGAUGUCAGGAGAGGCAGAAAGAGCAAUGACAAAGCUGUUUAAAACAGUUAGAGUUGAGGAAGACUAUAAAAUGUCGAUUGUACUCUUUGACGAGGCAGAGGCAUUCUUUAGUAACGCAGCAGUGAAUGAUAAGCACGUUAUGGGACUGAACUGUGCCUUCUUGAGUGCAUUUGACAAUAUGGGCGAUCAGCCUAAUCCAGUCUUUUUCAUGGCCAUAACAAACGUGUAUAGGGAUAUUGCAGAGAGCUACAAGCUGAGAUUCUUCAAUUCAGUUCUGUUUGAGAUGCCUGAUAAGGCUGAAAUGGAAGCAGUGGUAGAUGGAAAACUAAAGGGACUUGUGGACGCAGACACCUUGAAAAAGGUUAAGUUGCUUCUGAAGCACACUGUUUCUCAGGCUGUGCUUGUUAACAAGUUGACUGAAGCAUUUGAGUACGACAUGAUGGGAACUGCGGUGAAAUUUGACAUUGAGAAGUUCGAGGAGGAAAUUGAUACGCAUUACAGGCAGUCAGCAAAAUAA